UUACUUGGCAUUUCUUUCUUCGUUCCUUUCUUUCUUCUGCUUACUUGGGUACUGGGUUUUGUAAUGGAGAAUCUGCUGGGACUUCUUCGUAUUCGGGUUCAGAGAGGCAUUAAUCUUGCCGUACGUGACUCCUUAAGCAGCAGCGACCCUUAUGUCGUUGUCACCUUUGGCGAACAGAAAUUGAAGUCUCGUGUGGUAGAUAAUAACCUCAAUCCUGAGUGGAACGACGCAUUGACUCUUUCUGUCAAAGAUCUCGAUGUUCCUAUCACUCUGAGAGUUUAUGACAAAGAUAUAUUAACGUCUGAUGACAAAAUGGGUGAUGCCGAGAUAGACAUAAAACCAUAUGUUGAGUGUGUGAGGGGUGGCUUGGAAAACCAGCCAAAUGGUUUUGAAGUAAAGAAAAUUCAGCCAAGCGAGACAAACUGCCUUGCAGAGGAGAGUAUCUGUGUUUGGGAGGGUGGAAAAAUUGUGCAGGAAAUGCGUCUAAGACUCAGAAAUGUGGAGUGCGGUGAAGUGGUGAUCCAACUUGAGUGGAUUGAUCUUCAAGGUAGUGAAGCUAUGUCAACUGCAUAAGAGCUAAUUAAAUGUAAGCUCUCAUAAAUAAAAGGAUAUCUUGUGAACCUAGCAUUUAAUGCCACAUCAUGGAAUGAUGGGAGGAUGAGAGAAAUUGGGAUGAUGAAUAGAUUUUUUCAUAUAUAUAUAUAUAUAUAUAUGUCGCUGCUGCAUGGUACAAUAUUAUGAACUGAGGUCUAGCUAUUUUAUUUCAAGGGAGCUGGUUGGAAUGCGUUUGAUGUAUUUCUGAUAAUCAAAAGCUUGUCUGCAAUAUUUAGACUUUAGAGUAUGCUCCCAUGUGGUGGUUUGAUCUUCUUCUUUUUCUCUUCCUCUAAGUCCUUUUCUUCUCUAGAAUUUUCACACCUAUGGCCAAGCCACAGUCUCUAAUAGUACGAGUUGUACGAUCACGGCUUGACCAUGGGUCUCUAUGAGUACCCAAGACCAUAGUUGCCAUUGUGUCGUCGUGGAUUUAAGAUUUCUUUGUACAAUCUAUAGACUAGAGCACUACCCUGAGGGUUUUUGGUUA